AACGAAAACAAUCUAAACUAACACCACACACACAUAUCUAAUUAGCAUCAGCAUCAUGGGGCUAAGCUCACGAACUAUAGAGAUUACUGUUAUUUCCGGUAAAAACGUUCAUGAGAAGGAGGAAUCAUACGUCGUCGUUCGAGCUGAGUCACUCAAAUCUUGCACAACAAAAUCAGCCAAAAACACUGACAUUAUCAUCAACAAUAAUCAUACCUCAAGUUUGAUUUCAUGGAACGAGAAGUUAUUGCUUGAGAUUCCAAUGCAUGCAAGGUCCAUUACAUUUGAGGUUCAAUGCAAGAAUUCAAGAGCAAGUAGUGCUAGACCGGUUGGGAUGGCAAGGAUUGCUAUUUCGGAUAUAUUGUUGGGUGGUUCGGGGUUCGGCAGCGACAGCGACGUCGACAAUAAUGUGUUGAGUUAUACGUUGAGGGACUGGGAUGGACGGAGAAAUGGAGUUAUUCAUUUCUCCGUAACGACUGCGAAGAUCACGGCCGCCGUGGAAGAAGAAGUGGAGCCGCCGGUGAAGGGUUUGGUUGAGGAUCACAUGAAGAAGAAUAAUAAGAACUCCAAUGAAGUUGUUCUUGGUGUUCCUUUAUGGUGGAACUACCCUAAUAUUAUUUGAAGAUCUAUA